AUGCGCUUCACAGUGAACCAAACAGCCACGUCGGGAGCCAAUCAAAUAGUUCGCGAACGUGGUCCAGACUCAGUUACACUCAAUCCACCAUCACCUGGGUCUCUAGCAGAAAGAGACAGUCUGACUGUGACGUGUGCUGCUGCUGGCUGUAAACCACCGUGUUCCAAUUCAUGGACUCUGGGAAAUCAGCAGAUCUCAGCAACCUCUCGGUUAACACUGACAAACAUCAACAGGAGUCAGACAGGGAAUGUGUACACGUGUACAGCCACCAAUUCACUUAUACCAAAGUCUAAAACUAAACAGUUUACACUGACAGUGUACUAUGGUCCAGACAGUGUCCAGCUGAACACCACUUCUCCAUUGACAGUGAAGGAAGGUGACGAUGUAGCUGUGUCGUGUGAAGCGACUAACUGUUCUCCAUCCUGUUCUUUCACGUGGAAGUUCAAAUCUCAGAUAAAAUCAACCAAUUCCGUGCUGUCAUUAAAGAACGUACAGAGAUCAGCAGCUGGUGACUACACGUGUAUUGCUAGAAACACAAACACACAGAAAUCAUUAGACAAGAUCAGUACUCUGGAUGUACAAUGUGAGUAA